AUGUUACUCGUCCCGGUCCAGCCAGCAUCAGCUCAUCCUCAGUGCCUGGACUUCGAGCCACCUUUCAAACCUCCUUGGCACCUGGAGUUUUGCACGCAGUACGAGCAGUUCGGCUGCUGUGACCAGAAAAUGGAUAACAUGAUCGCGGAGAGAUACUGGGACAUUGUUGAACAGUUGGAAGUGGCGGGUCUUGAGCUCUGUUCAGAUAUGUUGAAGGAAAUCAUGUGCCAGGAGUGCUCUCCUUAUGCCGCCCACCUUUAUGAUGCUGAGGACCCAUACACACCUGUCAGAGAGCUACCUGGGCUUUGCUUUGGCUACUGUUCCGAGUUUCAUGGCAAAUGUCGCCAUGUGGUGAGAUAUUUAACUGAGAACCAGCUGCUGCAGGACACCGCCGAGCGAGACGUGUCCACGUUCUGCAGUGUGGCCGACCUGUCGGACCAGGACUACUGCUACCCCAAUGUUUUGAAGAGCCCUGACCUCAACACCAACCUGGGGCAGGUGGUGGAAGACCCCAGAGGCUGUCUCCAGCUGUGCCUAACCGAGGUGGCCAACAAUCUGAGGAACCCUGUCCUGAUGUUGCACAGCGGUGAUGACACACACCGGAUGUUCAUCGCUGAACAGGUGGGAUUCGUGUGGGUUUACCUGCGUGACGGCAGCCGGCUGGAGCAGCCUUUCCUGGACAUGAGCGGGGAGGUGUUGACCACACCUUGGCUGGGGGAUGAGAGGGGUUUCCUGGGCAUGGCGUUCCACCCCAAGUACCGGGACAAUGGACGCUUCUUCAUCUACUACUCUAUCCAGGUCAACAGCAAGCUGGAGAAAGUCAGAAUCAGUGAGAUGAAGGUGUCUGACUACGACAUGAACAUGGCUGAUCCUUACUCAGAGAGGGUCAUUUUAGAGAUUGAUGAGCCAGCUGCAAACCACAAUGGAGGCCAGCUGCUGUUUGGUCUUGAUGGAUAUUUGUACAUUUUCACUGGAGAUGGUGGAAAAGCCGGGGAUCCGUUUGGGAAGUAUGGCAACGCGCAAAACAAGAGUGCUCUGUUGGGCAAAGUGCUCCGCAUUGAUGUGGACGGAAGUGACUCCAGUGGAAGGCAGUACAGGAUCCCUCUUGGUAACCCAUUCCUCGGUGACCCGGAUGCCCGGCCAGAGGUGUAUGCAUAUGGGGUCAGAAACAUGUGGCGAUGCUCUGUGGACCGCGGAGACCCCGUCAGCCGCUACGGCAGAGGAAGGAUAUUCUGUGGAGAUGUCGGUCAAAACCGCUACGAGGAGAUUGACAUUAUUGUGAAGGGAGGAAACUACGGCUGGAGGGCCAAAGAGGGUUUCGAGUGCUACGAUAUCAAACUGUGCCACAACUCCUCGAAUGACAUCCUGCCUAUAUUCGCAUAUAAUCAUCAUGUUGGGAAGUCUGUGACUGGGGGAUAUGUGUACAGAGGAUGUGAAUCACCCAAUCUGAAUGGCCUAUACAUUUUUGGAGACUUCAUGAGUGGUCGAAUAAUGGCGUUAGAGGAAGAUAAGACGACAGGAAGCUGGAAAGAAAGGAGCGUGUGUAUGGGUGAUACGAAAACGUGCUCUUUUCCCGGACUCAUCAAUCGUCACCACAAGUUCAUCAUCUCGUUCGCUGAAGAUGAAGCAGGGGAACUAUAUUUUCUGGCCACAGCUCACCCCAGUGCCAUGUCUCCUUACGGAACCGUUUUCAAAUUUAUGGAUCCCUCCAGGAGAGCUCCUCCGGGGAAAUGUAAGCAGAAGCCACUGCCUGUCAAAGUGAAGGGGAAAAAGUUUCCAUUUGUGCCCAAGGAACUGACUGUGCUGGACACGAAUGAAAAACCUACAAGACCACCACCAAGAAAAUUCAAACUCACCACCAAACCGCCGGUGACGAGCAGCCAGGUCAAAGCUACGACGGCUGCAGCCAGUCUAGAGGGGAAGCGCGGGAUGCUUCGGCCUAUAGCGUGCCAAGGUCGAUCCAGAGGAUCUCCUGGGAGGAGCGGAGGCUCUGCUGUUGGACGGAGGACACAUGGGGCAGGAGGAGACCGGCCCUCCUCAAUCCAGAUCUCCAACGUCACCCUUGACGUCUCUAUUGCUGGAUUCUCUCUGCAAUCCAGGAAGUAUGAGACAAGAGGAGCCACCUCGCUGGCAUUCAGGACGGCCACCAGGUGCAGCUGUACACAGAAGACUGGUAGACUGACAAAGGGCAGGGUCGCCUUCCGGCUCUCCAACACUAACCGUUUCAUCCCAGCGUUCAGUGAUAUGUGUCUCAGAGACUUGUGA